AUGCUGCUGCUGCCGCUGCUGCUGCGCUGCGUGAGCGCGACCGCGGCCGCCGCGGGCCUCGCGCUCGUUGCGGCCGAAAGCUCUGACACGUAUUUUCAGCCCAACUCGACCGGCGUGAAGCUGCAGAACGGGUACGAGCGCGUCUUCAUCCAGCCGUUCGGGAACCACGGCUUCCGCGUGCGCGCGAGCCUCAUGAAAGACCCGACCGGGACCGAGCUCUCCGCGUUCGUCGACCCCCUGCUCGAAGGCCCCGGCGCGAACACGCUCGCCGUCUCCAGCGUCGUACCGUACCAGGGCAACGCCACGCUGCGCAACGGCGCCCUCGUCGCGGAGCUCGCGGACGGCGCGCUCUCCUUCUUCCGCGUCGACGCGCGCGGCGCGCGCGCGCCGCUCACGGCGGAGUUCGCGGACGACAAGGCGCUCCCCGCGCGGUACUACGCGCAGGAGUUCCGCGCGUCGAGCUUCGCGGCGCAGUUCUCGUUCGCGAGCGCGCCCGACGAGCAGUUCUUCGGCGCGGGGCAGCAGGCGUGCUGCGGCGACCACAGCGUGAACAAGAAGGGCCACGUCGUGGACCUCGUCAACUUUAACUCGCAGGUGCCGAUCCCGGUGCUCAUGUCGAACAAGGGCUAUCUUUUGUUUUUUAAUUAUCCUGGGCAGGGGCGGAUAGAACUCGGCCCGUAUAAAACGCGCUUCGUCGCGGACGAGGCGACCGUGAUCGACUACUACAUCACCACUGCGCCCGUGGGCGACUACGACGCCCUGCAGCAGCAGUACACGGCCGUGACCGGGCGGCAGCCGACCCCGCCGGACUUUAUCCUGGGGUACCAGCAGUCGAAGCUGCGGUAUUAUAACCAGACGCAGGUGCUCGACGUCGCGCAGAGGUUCCGCGACGAGGGCAUCAACCUGUCGAUGAUCGUCGUAGACUUUUUCGCGUGGAAGUACCAGGGCGACUGGUCGUUCGACCCCGCGUUCUUCCCCGACCCGGAGGGCAUGGCCGCGCAGGUGAAGGAGCUGACCGGGGCGGAGAUGAUGGUCUCGCUCUGGCCGAGCGUCGAGAACCUGUCGGAGAACUACGUGACGCUGCAGACGAACGGCUGGCUCGUGGCGACGCGCGACGGGCCGGGCGUGACGGACUCGUUCGCGGGCGUCUACACACGCCUGGUGGACUCGACGAACCCCGCCGCGCGGGAGUUCUUGUGGAAACGGCUGAACGACAGCUACUUCUCCAAGGGCAUACACAAUUUCUGGAUCGACCAGGCCGACGGCGGCACGCUCGGCGAGCCCUGGGAAAACAACGGACAGGACAACAUCCGCGCGAUCCCGUAUAACCGCGUGUUCGCGCAGUACUUCAUCGGCUCGCAGUCCGCGGCGGGGAAGAUGUACCCGUGGCUACACCAGCAGGCGAUCGACGAGGGACUGCACAACCUCACCGAGGCGCCCGCGGCGGCGACCGCGUGCACGUACAUGUCGCUCACGCGCAGCUCGUUCGCGGGCGGGCAGCGCUUCUGCUCGUAUCUCUGGAGCGGGGACACGAUCUCGCGCUUCGACGUGCUGUUGCAGCAGAUCACGGCGGGCGUGUCGGUCGCGGCGUCAGGCUUGUCGUCGUGGACGCUGGAUAUCGGCGGGUUCAGCGGGCUGAAUGUCGAUACGCAAUCCGGCCGCGAGCUGUUUGUCAGGUGGCUCGCGAUGGGGACCUUCCUCCCAUACGUAGGUCUUUGCACCGAUCGGGACUGCAACAUCCCAGCCAACAACUCUCUGAAUUUCGCUAAUCCGUGCCCGAACGAGCCUUGGUCAUACGGCGCAGACAAUUUCCCCAUCAUCAAAAAAUACAUCGCCCUGCGGUAUCAGCUUGUGCCCUACGUCAAGGCGCUCUUCCAGCAGCUGCAGGCGACGGGCCGCACGAUCAUGCGCCCGCUCUACUACGACUUCUCGCUGAGCGACCCGUUCGUCGCGAACGCGACCGCAGCGAACGACCCGCUGGUGGUGCAUCAGUUCUUGCUCGGGCCCCGCAUCCUCGUGUCGCCCGUGGGCGAGCAGGGCGCGACCUCGAAGACGGUGUACCUGCCCCGUCUGACCGCCACGCAGCUGGAGCAGAACUUCACGUGGACACACUGGUGGACGGACGCGGACUUUGGGCAGGGCGGGAACACGGUCGUCGUGAGCGCGCCGCUGGACCAGAUCCCGGUGUUUUUCUUGGGGAGCAAGGACGACAUUUUUUCUGGGAAUAUAUGAUCGAAGCGGGGUGGGUCGGGUGUUGUAUGCAGGCUUUGACGCGAUCCAGAUGCCCUUGCGCGAAUGCGCUUGCCAGAAAGAGAUGUUGGACGGAAUAUGUGCAUGAGCGCCGUCGCCGUCGAUGAACCACAGCCGGAAGGCGUGAUCCAGAAAUGUCCUUCGUAGCCAUCAAAAAAUUGUAAUACCUGACCCAUGAGAGCCCAGAGGCUGUCUAGGGAUAUAGGCAAUGCCGCGUCGCUCCUGUUC